AUGCUCGGCUUCGAGACGCCGCCUCCCCCCCUCUCCUCUGCCGCACGGCUCCGCGUGCUUCGCGACGCGGCGAGCGCGCUGCACUACCUGCACACGCGCUCUCCCAUGAUCCUGCACCGCGACGUCUCGGCGGGCAACAUCCUGCUCGACGAGCGCGGCAACGGCUACCUCGCCGACGUGGGCCUCGCGCGCGCGGCAGAGGGUUCCGGCUCCUAG